CAUGACCACACAAACACCCGCGACCACGCUCUAUAUUGCGCGUCGCCAUGUCUGCGCCGGAGAUUACACAGGAUGAUCUCUUAGCUUUCCAUGCCGCUCACCUUGGCGAUACUUCAACUGAACAUUUCGCGCAACAAUUCUUGGGUCCUGUGGAGGAUUACUAUGAAGAAGAGGUUGACGAUGACGGCCUUGGGUACUAUCCUGACGGAGUCAAAAGAACUUUGACGGAUGAACAAAUCGCAAUCUUUCGACAUUCGGAAAUCCAGGCCAUUCUUCGAAAGCGCAGGCAUGCUGCAGAGUCCAAUGAGACUAGCAAUGAGCAACCUCAAUCUGAAACCCCAAGAACCGUCCGUACAGAAAAGGUCGAGGCCGAGGAAGAAGAUGGGGAGAUUCCUGAAAGUUUUUCGCAUCCAGAGCCAAUCGGACCCGUGCGACCAAUUAAAAAGUCGAAAAAGGAAUUGAAGAAAAUACAAAAAGCGCAAGAAGCCAAAGAGAAAGGUUGGUUUAAGCAAAACGUCAAGCCCGAUUUACGAAAGAGGACGUGGGAUAAAGUUGAGAAAUCUAUUGGGUCUCUUGCGUAUGACGAUGAUGAGAGUGGUGGUAAUAGCCAGGCCUCAAGUUCAGCGCCGCAAAGAAGAAAGAUCACUUAUGAUGAUUCUUGAGCAAUCCACAGCUUGACUCUAGUCAAUGCUUCGAUGAUAGCUUCCUAAUUUCAAAAGUUGCCAACUCUUGUCACGAAUCUCAUGUUGGCGUGAUAUAAUUCAUUGUCCAUGUCAAAUCCGCACGAUACACUUUUCUUCAGCUCAAAAUUUUACAUCAGUAUCAGCACUUGGCUUGAGAUCAUACAGAACAACGCUUGGGAGAAGUGUGAUGUACGAAGGAGUGUAAAUGCGCAAAGAAUGGCGGAAUAUUUGCAUUUACCUAGGGAAUUUUGUCUGAGAGGUGGAUCUGGGAAUAUUCAU